AUGGUAGCCGCGGGCCGAAUAGCCGGCUUCACAGUCUUCGUGGCAACCUUCACGGUGGUGCUUGCUAGGGACGCGCAUGCGCGGUGCAAAUGGGCCGGCGAGAAUUGCAUCAAGGGCGUGUUCGACCGUGGGUAUUGCGUGCCUUUGGACUUGAAUGAGGAAAAACCCAUCACGUUCAAGGACGGGAAGCUCAAGUUUCCCGCGGUACCUUCAGUUAGCGAGGAUUAUUGCACCAAGUAUUUGAACCGGUACCCUUGGGUGGCGAAGGAUAAGGACCCAGAGAAGAAGUACCCGGCCUGGCACAGGGAUGAUUGGGUGGCUGGUAGUUGCGAUUGUUCUGAGUGGGAUGGCAGUGCUCAAGAGUUAUGA